AUGGGCAAAGAGCUGGUCUCUGUCGUUCCUGGCGACAAAGACUUUAUGAACCAUCAUGACGAAAAUAAGGAUAACGACAAGGUCGUGGACGACGACAAGAGUGCCAACGUCUUGGCCAAACAAAUGCCACCCGAUGCUUCUGAUCCCAAAACUGCCGACUCCUUGAUUGCUACCCAAAUAGCUAACCUAUCAGUCGCUGAUCGAGAAAAGGCUUACAUGGACGUCCAUGGGAUGCCAGACGACCAUGCUGAAGAAACUCAAGAAUUGAUUCACGAAAGCUUGGUGCGACUCCAAAAUGAAAUCGACAUGUUGCCCGACAAGAAAGCCUACAUCAUUGCUGACCGAAUGGAUUCCCAGUAUACCCAGGAUAGAGACUUUAGACUUGGAUUCCUUCGGUGCGAGAAGUUCGAUUGCCAAAAGGCAGCUCUGCGAAUCAUUCGCCAUUUUCAGACGAUUUUGGAUUUGUUUGGCGAGGGCAAACUUGGAAUGGACAUCACCCAAGACGAUUUGGAUAUGGAUGACAUGGAUGCUCUCUACAGCGGCUCUGGCCGCUUUCUGAAUGCAUACGAUAGCGGGGGAAGGAUUAUCAAUUUUCUAGCGGGGGUACCGAAAUUGUUCAAGACGGAUGCAGUGCUUCGGAGGUCUUUCUACAAUAUAAUGGUUGCUUUUCGUGACAACGCGGAGGUGCAACGGCGUGGGGCAGUUUCUGUCUGCUGGACUGUUGGGAGUGCGGAGGGAACAAGUGGGGACAAUCCUGAUCUCAAUUGGAAACUACCAAGGUUGCAUGAAGGAACUCCUAUGCGGGUAUCAGCAGUCCACUUGUGCUAUACAGAUGACACUUGGAAGGACAGAAUGGCAAUCAUGAGAAGCGGUUUGAGCAAGCAGCUAAUAGUGCGAGUACGGCUUAUUCAUGGAACAAUCCAAGAAUGCCUGCAAUAUUUACGGCGACAUGGAAUCAACCCAGCUUGCAUUCCAGUGAAUGAAAACGGGGAGAUUUCAGACCAUUUGGAAUAUUGUCGUCGACUGGAGCAACAGCGGAUGCAUGAGCGCUUAAACUAUCCCCUUCGACAUAGCAUUGCGGUUCCCUCGGCACAAGAUGUGCUUCUCGGCAAAGGCACUCCCUUUCAGAAUCACUCUGGUAACAAGAGCCUUCGGCAGGUGGUCUCGGACCGAUACAAGGAGUAUGAAAAAGCACAAAAAGGCGUAAAGAAGACCAUAGCUGCAGAAAUCGUUGAUUCUGUCAGGGGCAACGGAGCCCUAUUUCUAAAGCAAGACGGGAAGAAAUGGAUCCCGGUCAACGACGAAGUAGCGGUGGUGAAAGUCAGCGCAGCUUUUCGAACGUUGCGGCUGAAGGGCGGGACAAAGUAG